GAAAAUUAUUGUUGUCGUACAAAUUUCUCAUUUUUGUUUGUGUUUAAAGAUUAAUUGGAUCAAAAUGAAGAUUGGAUGUCUACAGUUUUCACCAGUCUUAGGCGAUGUCGACAAUAACUUAACCAGAGCCGAUGCAGUCCUAGCUAAGGCGAAUGUGCAAGAUUUAGACUUACUUGUUCUGCCUGAACUGGCAUUUUCGGGAUACAAUUUCAAAUCGCUCCACCAUAUUUCUCCAUAUCUUGAACCUACAACAUCUGGUAUUUCUUCACUCUGGGCCCGUACUACAGCCCUCAAAUAUGAAUGUGUAGUUAUCGUUGGGUAUCCUGAGAAGGUUGACAUCAGCCCCAAAUGGCCAGCUUCCCCCGAGUAUUACAACAGUGCAAUCACAGUCAAUAAAGAUGGAGAAACUAUAUCGAAUUAUAGAAAGUCAUUUCUGUAUCAUACUGAUUCCAAAUGGGCUUUAGAGGGCCCGGACGGCUUCUUCGACGGCGAGAUUGACGGGCUUGGCAAUGUUGCUAUAGGAAUUUGUAAGUGGCCAACCAAAUCAUUUGAGCGCAUGGAUCUUAAUCCAUACAAAUUCGAAGCUCCUUGGAGUGCUUGGGAAUUUGCCUACCAUAUUAUACACAAGCAGGCAAAUCUUGUUGUACUUUCCAUGGCUUGGCGAACACGAGAAGAUGUUCGAAGUUAUAGUAGACAGCCGAAGGAACCCGAUAUGGAUACGCUUGCCUAUUGGCUUGCAAGACUUGAGCCAGUUAUUAGAGCGGAGCAAAAGGGCGAGAUUAUUGUGGUAUUUGCCAAUCGAACCGGUGUUGAAGAAGAUGCCGUUUACACUGGAACAAGUGCAGUUCUGGGAAUCUGCGGUGGAGAGGUUAAGGUUUAUGGUCUUCUAGGUCGGGGAGAAAAGGAGCUUCUUGUCGUCGACACCAGUAUCAGGCCAAAGGCCAAGCUCGUUGCCGACCCUAGGCCAUCGUCUUCUGAAAAAGCAAAUUCAGAAACCCCAAAAGGCUCCCGUACUGCUUCUCCAGCAUCCGCUACACCGAACACGAAAGUCAAGUCAAAGAAGUCGGAAUCUAAGUCUCCCCCAAGACUUGAUCCAAAAAUUCGAGACAAACGCGACAAUCCUACUAAUUCUAGCAUCGACGAGAUUCUAAACACUGUAACGCCAAUCUCGCCAGUCGAACCAAUGUCUCCUCAUGCAUAUUUCUCUACGCUGGGAAAGAAAAAAGACAAAUCGGCUGAAACACCGCCUACCAUUAAACCACCUACAAAACUUGAUACUUCUGUCUCAGGAUCUACUUUCGAUCGAACUCCUACACCAUUUCCAGAUCCAAAAACUGCACCGAAAACUUCAAUCAAGUCUCCAGCCCCUAUACCGACACCGGUUAUCCCUUCCAACCCUUCUGCGACUGCGAGUGGUCGAUCUUUAACUCCCCCAAUAUCUCCGUCUGUACCGACGCCUUCCAAAACAUCAUUUCGCCCUGUAUCACCAAAAUCUAGAAACGCUAGUCGAACUAGACCUAUAAAAGAGGAUUCUGAAAGUCUCGACUCGCAAGAGGUCGCUCAAGAUUCAAAUACCUUGAUAGCAUCAAUAAUAGGUUUAAUCGAAGAGAAGAAACUCAAACCUAGUCUCGUUGUGGAUCAAUCCAAGGUACCCCACACACUGUCUCCAACUCCUAAUAGAAGGAGUCUUUCUCCUCGGCCAAGCAGUACAGUAUGGUAACCCAUGUAAAGACAGGGUGAGAUCACGAUAAUGACAAAGAAUUUAUAAUUUUGAAAUUUGCGGGGGAACAUCUUGCAUUAUUAUAUGGCGACAUCAGUUUUUAUAUCCAGUUUUCUCAUCCGGUUACACAGAUUCCCCUCAUUGCCGGCUGGAAUUUUUAGUAACAUGAAAAUGCUACAUUUUCACUUCUAUAUAAUACUUGUACAUAUUUCUCUAUUAUUUCGAGUCUAAAAUAUAAAAUUGGUCUUCCA